GUGGGUGGGGCUGAAAUUGUGCUGAUGUCAGCACUAAAGUUGUGCUGCAUGCUGGAGCUCUGGGCGUGUGCGUAGUGUGCUUCACUGGAAAACGUUAGCUAUAUACUACGGCGGAACACGCCCAAACUAGGCCAUGAGUUGUUCUAUCUCGUUCGACGGAGUACUGCCGUGCGCCAUGCGAGCCUCUGAGGCGGCCGUAUCGACCGCGACUGACGUAGUGAGCCGGUUGGGCGCCGAUAUCUCGGCCGGUCUGACGGCGGAGGAAGUAGAGAGGAGACGAAAGGCGUUCGGGAGAAACGAGUUCACCAUCAAGGAGGAGGAACCGCUGUCGAAAAAGUACCUGAACCAGUUCAAUGACCCUCUCAUACUUCUCCUACUGGCCUCAGCCAUCAUCAGCCUCAUUGCCCGGCAACUGGACGAUGCUUUCUCCAUCACUGUGGCAAUUGUGAUAGUGGUGACUGUUGCAUUUGUUCAGGAAUACAGGUCAGAGAGGUCACUGGAGGCGCUGAGUCAGCUCAUCCCUCCAAAAUGUCACUGUGUAAGGAGCGGGAUAAUGCAAGAGAUGCUAGCAGGGGACCUGGUUCCUGGUGACACUGUCAACAUAUCUCUGGGAGACAGGGUUCCGGCUGAUAUCAGACUCACCGAGGUGGUUGAUUUGGAGGUGGACGAGUCCAGCUUCACCGGAGAGACAAUCCCGUCACGCAAGAGCACGCUGCCCCAGUCUGCAGCUUGCAAAGGAGUGUCUCAACUAAAGAACAUUGCCUUCAUGGGUACAUUUGUCUGCAGCGGACACGGGAAGGGGGUAGUAAUAGGAGUUGGAGAGGACUCGGAGUUUGGGAGUGUAUUUCGGAUGAUGCAAAACGAAGAGAGCCCAAAGACUCCGCUGCAAAAGAGCAUGAGCACUCUCGGGAAGCAGCUGUCGUUCUACUCUCUCCUCAUCAUCGGAUGCAUCAUGUUGCUGGGCUGGUUGCAGGGAAGACAUCUCCUCGCCAUGUUCACCAUUGGAGUCAGCCUGGCAGUGGCAGCCAUUCCAGAGGGUCUGCCAAUCGUGGUGACCGUCACUCUUGCUCUGGGGGUUAUCAGAAUGGCUGGGAGACAUGCCAUAGUCAAGAGACUACCCAUCGUUGAAACCCUCGGUUGUGUGAAUGUGGUGUGUUCCGACAAGACGGGGACGCUCACGGAGAACAAGAUGGAGGUGACCCGGCUCUACACCGCGUCUCGUCAGAGAGCCAGUGUCGGUAAGACAGGGGCUGUCGAUUGCGAGGGCUGCGUCGUCUCUCCCUCCUCUCACCCCGACAUCGUCAAGAUGAUCGAGGUGGGGUGUGUCUGCAACAACGCCCAGUUGAGGGGGGGUCAGAUAAUCGGUCACCCCACGGAAGGGGCAAUGCUGGCGUUGGCACACAAACUGAACCUGUUUGGCCUGCGUGACCAGUUUGUCAGGACGGAGGAGCGGACGUUUAGCUCCGAGAAGAAGUGGAUGGGUGUCCUGGUCCGACCUCGAUCUCAUCAGGUCACAGAGCCGCCGUCCAAGAAUGAAGACUGGUACAUGAAGGGUGCACUGGACGUGGUGCUGCGUCACUGUACCACAAUAUCAGGAGGAGGCUUGCUGACUCCGUCUCUCCACGAACACUACAUGUCUGUCGCCAGCGAAUACGGCCACCAGGGACUCAGAGUGGUUGCCAUGGCAUACGGCCGUGACCUCAACGACCUCUCGUUUGCUGGACUAAUGGCAAUGUGGGACCCUCCGAGAGAGAACGUGAGAGAUGCGAUAGCCAACCUCCACUCCAGCGGUGUCAGUGUCAAGAUGAUUACUGGAGAUGCGAAAGAAACGGGCGAGGCCAUUGCUCUCUGUUUAUAGGAUGACAACUUUCACUGAUAAUUAAUCACUAGAAAAUAAAAUUUCCCAAAUAAGUUGUAUUUUUCAUAGAAUAUAUACAUGUCCAAUUGGGUGAAAUAGCCUCAGCCUUAACAAGAAUUCUCUGAUUUCUAAAGUAUGGGGCUUAUAUAAUAUGGGGCAGAACCAAGUGCCACUUAUAGAGCCGUAUCCUUUAUUCGGAGGGUCCUUUUCACUGUAUAUAAAAUUCUGUCUCUCCUCCCUCCAGCGGAGCAGCUGGGUCUGUGGAGUCCAGACAGUGUGUCUCUGUCGGGGGACGACCUUGAGACGCUGCCACCUCACCAGCUGACAGACUCCAUCGCUCACUGCUCCCUCUUCUACCGCGUGACUCCCAAACAUAAAGUCACCAUUGUCAAGUCUCUCCAGUCCCUGGGUAAGAUAGUGGCCAUGACGGGGGACGGAACGAACGACGCAGUGGCUCUCAAGAGGGCCGACAUUGGGGUUGCCAUGGGGCGAUCGGGGACCGACGUCUGCAGGGAGGCGGGAGACAUGAUUCUGACUGACGACAAUUUCUCCACCAUCACAGCUGCCAUUGAAGAAGGAAAAAUGAUUUACUACAACAUUCGCAACUUUGUCCGAUUUCAACUCAGCACGAGCAUAGCAGCUCUAAGUCUCAUAACACUCUCCACUAUGAUGGGACUUCCAAACCCACUCAAUGCCAUGCAGAUUCUCUGGAUCAACAUCAUCAUGGAUGGCCCUCCUGCACAGAGCCUGGGGGUGGAGCCGGUUGACGAGGACAUAAUGAAGAGACCUCCUCGAAAGGCCACGGACAGAAUGGUCACCCUCCCUCUCCUGUUCCAAAUAGUGACCACCUCACUCACCAUUGUUGCUGGGACUCUAUGGGUGUUCAGGAAAGAGAUGGAAGACAAGAUGAUCACUCCCAGGGACACAACCAUGACCUUCACUUGCUUUGUCUUCUUCGACAUGUUCAACGCCCUCUCCUGUCGCUCCAUGAGCAAGUCUCUCUUCUCCAUCGGUCUCUUCACCAACCGCAUGUUCCUCUACGCCGUGGGGGGCUCCAUCGUGGGUCAGCUACUGGUCAUCUAUUUCCCUCCUCUCCAAGCCGUCUUCCAGACAGAGGCACUGUCGGGAGGCGACCUUCUCUUUCUCGCAACUCUAGCCUCUUCCGUCCUCGUACUCGACGAGUUUAGAAAGAUGUUUGUUCGUAGGUUUUUCAAGAAGACGAGACCCAGAGAGCAUGGUUGUAGUGCUAUGGAUAUUGUGUGUACUAUCUGAUGGCAAUAAUUAUCAUGUUACUAUUCGACAAUUAUUAUCACAACUUAAGCUAGGUUCAUAAUAUGGCGCGUCCUGCCGAAGGUAGAAAUGGAGUCUAUCCUCGCGGUCGGCAACGCAGCACUGCGCGACGGGCCAAUGGGACAUAUUAUUGCGAAAUCCCGAUUAGAGG